AUGGAGAAGGAACGUGGUCACAUGACAGAGAGGAUGUUAGACCUCACCCUGGAGAUCAUCUACUUGCUGACCGGAGAGAACUAUAUAGCUUUCAAGUUAUCUAAUGGCUUGGUCGCUCCCAACCUAAGGAACACACAGAGCCCCUUCACACAACCUCCGCCUCCCGCUCUGACACCUGAAACAAGCAACGACAAAAAGAUUCAAGAGGUGACCAACAAGAUCAUCGAGCUGCUGACGGGAGAGGUUCCUAUAAGGUGUCAGGAUGUCACGGUUUCUUUCUCCAUGGAGGAGUGGGAUCAAAGAUCCAAACUCCAUGAAGUCAAGGAACUCCGUCCAAACUCCAUGGAGUCAAGGAACUCCGUCCAAACUCCGGGGAGUCAAGGAACUCCGUCCAAACUCCGGGGAGUCAAGAAACUCCGCCCAAACUCCGGGGAGUUAAGAAACUCCGUCCAAACUCCGGGGAGUCAAGAAACUCCGCCCAAACUCCGGGGAGUCAAGAAACUCCGUCCAAACUCUGGGGAGUCAAGGAACUCCGAUGGAAAUAAAAUGAAAGGCAAUGUGAAAAUGGAAACAGAAGAACCAUUUGUGAUUAGUGAUGAGCCAUGUAAAGAGGAGGACAUUACCCCAGAGAUCAGCACAGCGACACAACACUACAGGUAUAACGCAAGAGCACAGCCCCUUCCUUCUCCUGAUGGCAAAAUCGAGGAUGAUGAUGACCUCACAUCUGAUUCUGCUGGAGAAAACCCCAUGACCCCAAACUUCCACCCAGCACUAUCGUCCCAUUCCACCAUGCACAUGGGGUGCUUCUCUGAUGACCCAGUUGCCCAUCACGCCAGUCAAAACCAGGGUGAAACAUUGCCGUGUCCCGAAUGCGGGGGGUGUUUUAGCCAGAGAGCCGGGGUCAACGUAAACACCGGGGACACGCUAUAUUCUUGUUCCGAAUGCGGGAAGUGUUAUACCCCGAAGACGCGUCUGGCGGAUCACAUACGAACUAACACGGGGACAAAGCCCUAUACCUGCCCCCAAUGCGGGAAAGGGUUUCCCUCCAAUGCGCAUCUUGUCAUACACUAUAGACUGCACACGGGGGAGAAGCCCUAUUCGUGUUCGGAUUGCGGCAAGCGCUUCCACCAGAAGUCAAACCUGAACCACCAUCAGGUGAUCCACUCGGGCGAGAAACCGUUUUCUUGUCUGGAAUGCGGGAAGCGGUUUUUGAGGAAGGCCGAUCUGGUGACCCACCAGAAAACUCACUCGGGGCUGAGGCCGUAUUCGUGUCCUCACUGCGGGAAAUGCUAUAGGAACCCUCAGAGUGAUGUCAAAGCUGAGGAAGAGGUGGAAGAACAUGUGAGGAUUAAAGAGGAGGAAGUUCUCGUUGAGAUCAGCACAGGUGAUUCAUAA